CUGUCAAAAAUCGUUGAACGUAAACAGAAACAAACACAUGGACUGAUUCGCCGAAUUAUUGUAUUUGAGUGUAUUUAAGUUUUUAAUACUAAAAAUGCUACCCCGUGACGAUUUAAUAUCUUUUAUGGAUCUGCUCGACUUAGAUGAAGAAGUUGUCGAUACUCGGUUGGCAGCAAUAAUGGACCGAUCAAAUUUCAUCGAAAACCAUUUAUCAAAUGCUCUACAUUUACUGAAAUAUAAACAACUUAUUAACUUAAGAGAAGAUUCUGAAUGCGAUAAUGAUAAAGAAUUUUGUUUCGUAAGUAAAUUAUUAAGUAAUCUACAAGAAGAUAACGUAGAAAUUAUUUGUAAAAUAAUUAAAGUUGUAUUAUCACUUAAUCCGAAUACUUUAGUGUCUAAGUCGGAGCAUUUGGUUCAACAAAUCUUAUGCAAUUUGGAGUUACCAUCACAGCCUGUUAAACCGUUGAUGAGCGUCAAUGAGGAUCAGGUUACAAAAAUAAUGCUUGAUUUAAAAGUAUGCAGUAGUAUUGUUGAAGCAGUUAUAAACAACAAUGAUGUUCUAACACUACCAUUUCUAGAAGUACCAUUAGAAAAUGUUUUAUAUAGUAAUGAAGAUAAGCUAAAAGGUUAUUUUCUAACCAAGACAGUUCCAUUAUUCUUUAAAGGUGUCCAUGGUUAUGGUAUAUUGGACAGAAUUUGGAAACAUCUCAUACAGCUAAAUAAUAAGACAGAUAUAGGUCUUAAAACACUAAGUUGUCUUUCAGACUACUAUUUACCAAGUGCAGAUGGUAAAAUAACUUUAGAGUCAGAAAUUAUAUUUAAACAACAGUUUUGGGAGAUCAUUCUAGAUGGUUUAAUGUCUGAUUUAACAAACAGAAAGAUGUCUAUGUAUCUAGCUAAACGAGCACUUGAUUAUUUAAGGUUUCUUAAAAAAGAUGCAAUGAUAAAAUCAGAGGAUAAUAUCAUAUUUAAAUGGACAUAUAAAAAUAUGGAUGAGCAGAAAGUUAUGUGGAAUAAUUUCUUUAUAGUGCUAGACAGUUUAGAAGAGAAACAAAGUAAUAUUGUCCUUCCAUCUUUAAGACUUCUUGAAACAUUAAAAGAUAUGCCAGAAUAUUGGUUAAAUUGUAUAUUUAAUCUUGGUUUGAAACAUGAUAAUACACAAGUUCGUUUAAAAUGCAUCGAAAAUAGAUUAAAAUUUAAAAUAUAUGUUAAAUCAGAAGCAAAGACACUUCUAGAUGCAUUGAAUGAUACAUAUCUAUUUGACAAGAACACUGACUACAAUAAGCUUAAGAAUAUACUAUCAAAUGUGUUUUCAGAUAUUAAAACUUUAAUGUGUAUUCUUUCUACAAUGCCUGAAAUUAAAUGGGCCCCUGUCCCAUUAUUUCAUAUAAGCGAAGUAUUGGCAAGUGUACGAAAAGAUUUAUUAAGCAAAUAUGAUCAAUCGAGUAUCACCCAAACAAUAUUAAAUAUUUUAAAAAUUUCGUGUAAUAAUAUACUUAUACGUAAAGCUAUUCUAGUAAAUAUUUCACACUUAGUUGGCAACUGUUGUAAAGGAUUGCAUUGGAAAGAAUAUUUGAAUUUAUAUUCACAUUUUCAAUUUGAUUCGUACAUCGAAGAGAGUAGGAAUAGCAACCCAUUUCUAAUGUAUUUAAAAGAAAACACAUUGUUACAAGCUGAAGAUAUACAAUCAUUAUUCAUUUUAAUAACAACUGUGGAAAGAAAUAUAGAUUUUGGUUUAUUUUAUAUUCAAACACAUCCUGUAGAAGUGACGGGAUUAUUAACAUUGAUUAAUAAAAUGAUUUUAAACAUUCAAGACAUCAAUCAGAGGCAAUUUGCUGAUAAAAUGAAAUGCUUUGAUGAUGUAGUUUCAUUAACAAACAUUUUUAGUAAGACAAUAAGAAAGAAUAAUUCAGCUAUAGAAAAUAUAAAUCUGAUUACAGCAACAGCUUAUAAAACUAUACUGGAAUAUUUGAUUUCUUUGUUGGGAAGUGACAAAUAUUUGUGUGUACAAGAAAUUGACUUAUUAUUUGUUGGAUUAAAACCGAUGAUUGGUAAUUUAAGUGAUUACAAUUCAAUUCAGACUGUAUUACAAGUAUUUAAGUCAUGUAUUCUUUUACUUCUAGAUAGUAAUGUUGUUUUAGAAGUAAAGAUUUUCUCCGUACAUAUUUUGAGUGCUUUAUUAACAAGUCCAUUAAUGAUAGAAUAUUAUGGACAUAUAAUUUUGUCUAUAGAAGAUUUCUUAAAACUAACAAAGACAGGAUUUGUAGAGUCCAGUACAAAAGAAAGAAGUGGCAGACUUAAAAAUAUUUUGUAUGAAAAAUAUUGUGAAAUUCUAUACAAUAUUAUUAAAAUUAAUAAAAAUAAAAAUUUGAAAACAGUGCCAAAAGAGUUUACAAGCUUUAUUGAUAAUGCAGUCGAGUGUGGAGGCUAUGGAUGUUUGAUUUGGAUUCUUAAAAUUAUGAAAGAAGUUAUACCAAUUUUGGAUCAUGAAUUUGAUUUGUCGUUAUUUUUAGAAAAAAUGUGGAAAGAAAUAGAAGAAUUAAAAACCAAUAAUCAAUAUAUAAAAUGUAUUGAAGAAUUUGUUAAUAUAAUAACUGAAAAUUCAUUAUUAAAUAAACCUGAAUAUAACAAUUUAUUUUUGUCAUAUUGGCAUAAAAUAAUUGAAUACGGUCCAAUAAAGAAUACUCCGUUAUUCUUCCUAAUAAGAGAAAUCAAUGGAAAAGAUUUGUCUAUGUUUAGUCAAAUGGUAUAUGCCCUUUGUGACAUAUUAUUAUAUUGUCCAAUUCCUAGAAAAGAUCAGAGGAUUACCGAUAAUCUUUCAAUUGAAAUUUUAAAUCAAAAUAAAUAUGGCAUAGAUAAUAGAAGUUACGAUGUCCAUUUUAAUUUUCAUAUACAAUAUUUAUCGUACUCUGCAUUAAGUAAAGCUGAUAAUCAAGAAGUUUUAAACACAAUAAUAAGAUUUAUUAUAAAUAAAAUCAAUAUGAUAUUUACAAGUAAAAAACGCUAUCAUGGUAAUUCAAUAUCACAUAGAACAUUGUUAACUGCUAUGCAAACUUUGCUUCUAAUAUUGUUGAAAUCUAGAGAUAGCCAAAUGGAUAAUACUGCAGACUGGUGUAUGGAUAUAUUAGGUUCCAUUCCUCAUCAACCAAGUGUUAGAAUUUGUUUGGAAUGGUAUAUUGCACUAUACUACUGUUUCAAGGAGGUCCAAAUUGGUGAGAAUAUGGUAGAGCAUUUUAAGUCGAAAAAUAUGCCUUUGACAUCACAGUUUAUAAUUCUGUUUUGGAUUAUUAAAUUUAGGAUAAAACAUGGUUCUUUAAAAAGCGAUGAAUACGAAUUUGUAAUGGACAAUCUCCUUUAUCAUACUAUGGGACAAAUAUUUAGUUUGAGAUUGCACGCGCAAUAUCUCGCUGCAAAACUUUACGAUUUAAAUAUUAAUAAAUCAGACAAAUAUAAUUUCACCAUACAAGUAAUAAGGAAAACGUUCACAGAGAGUUCUGGCGACAAAGGAUUUAUAAAACUUCAAAAAGAUUAUUUCGCGAACGACUUCGAUCUAGUCAUAGAUUUUAUACCGAGUUUUAUAUUUUAUUUUCUACCGAGAUAUUGUGAGAUGUACAUCAAUGAAAAAGUGGAUAAGACUUUUAUUAAAAGCAUUCUGCAAGAAAUAGAUGAUAAUUCUUUUGCGAAAGUUUCAAAGAGCGUUUUUAAGACCGAAUGGACGAAAUAUCAAAAGAGACAUGAUAAUAUUUACGAUGUUUUGAUCACGGACAUGAAAGAAGCCGUUGAAGAAGAUGAAUCAAAGGGUACUAUCCAAAAGAAAUAUGUUCCUUGGACGAAUAUGAGUGACAUAAAUAUAGACCUUCAAGAUAAGAAAGGUAAAAAGGGUGAACUUAUAGUGGUUGCAUCAUUGAUCGAUAAACUGCCGAAUCUUGGAGGAUUAGCUCGCACUAGUGAAGUGUUCGGUAUUAAAACUUAUGUUAUCGAUAGCCUUCGUCAUUUACAGGAUAAGCAAUUUCAAGGCUUAAGUGUAUCAGCGGAACGUUGGAUUGAUGUGGAAGAGGUGAGACCUUGUGGUUUGAAGCAAUACCUCAUGGAAAAGAAAUCUGAAGGUUAUUCAGUUGUUGCUGCUGAGCAAACUUCUACCAGUUCACAACUGCAGAAGUUCAAGUUUCCAAAGAAGACAUUGCUUUUGCUCGGACAUGAAAAGGAAGGCGUACCUUGCGAUCUUUUACCGCUGAUGGACUUUUGCGUUGAAAUUCCGCAGCAGGGUGUGGUUCGGUCUCUGAACGUUCAUGUUACAGCCGCCAUCUUUGUUUGGGAGUAUUCUAGGCAAAUCAUGUUAUAAUAUAUUAUGUAAAUAAAUAUUUAU